GGACGUGACGACACCCGUAGCCGACACCGGGCGCCGGGGCCUGUGAGCCCUGCCAGUUCGCCCUUGCCCAGAGGCUGUUUCUUGGAGCCGGAAGGAGCUGCUAGGCGAGGCUUGCGCUGGGGUCGCGAAGCACGGAGCCCGGUGGGCGUGAUGCGGCUGGGCUCCGGGACCUUCGCCGCCUGCUGCGUAGUGGUCGAGGUGCUCGGGGUCGUACUCUUCCUUCGGGGAUUCUUCCCGGCUCCGGUUCGGUCCUCUUCUAGCUCGAAGCACCAAGCAGAGCCCCCAGCGCCCGAACCCUCGGCUGGAGCCAGUUCCAACUGGACCAAGCUCCCACCACCUCUCUUCAGUAAAGUUGUUAUUGUGCUGAUAGACGCCUUGAGAGAUGAUUUUGUCUUUGGCUCAAAGGGUGUGAAAUUUAUGCCCUAUACAACUUAUCUGGUGGAAAAAGGAGCAUCGCACAGUUUUGUGGCUGAAGCAAAGCCACCUACAGUUACUAUGCCUCGAAUCAAGGCGUUGAUGACAGGGAGUGUCCCUGGCUUCAUUGAUGUCGUCAUGAACCUCAAUUCUCCUGCACUGCUGGAAGACAACGUGAUCACACAGGCAAAAGCAGCUGGGAAAAGAAUCAUCUCUUAUGGAGAUGAAACAUGGGUGAAGUUAUUCCCCAAGCAUUUUGUGGAAUAUGAUGGAACAACCUCAUUUUUUGUGUCAGAUUAUACAGAGGUGGAUGAGAAUGUUACGAGGCAUUUGGAUAAAGUAUUAAAAAGAGGGGAUUGGGAUGUGUUAAUCCUCCACUACCUUGGACUGGACCACAUUGGCCACGUUUCUGGGCCCAGCAGCCCCCUGAUCGGGCGCAAGCUCAGCGAGAUGGACGGCGUCCUAAUGAAGAUCCACACCGCGCUGCUGUCAGAGGAGAGAGAGACUCUCUUACCCAGUUUGCUGGUUCUCUGUGGCGAUCAUGGCAUGUCUGAGACCGGAGGCCACGGGGCCUCUUCCACAGAGGAAGUGAGCACCCCUUUGCUCCUGGUCAGCUCUGCAUUCGAAAGGAAACCUGGUGAUAUCAGACAUCCGAAGCACGUUCAGCAGACUGACUUGGCUGCAACACUAGCAAUAGGGCUUGGUCUGCCAAUUCCAAAAAACAGUGUAGGCCAUCUCUUAUUCCCAGCCAUAGAAGGGAAACCAAUGCGAGAACAACUGAGGUUUUUACAUUUAAAUACAGUACAGCUUACCAAAUUGUUGCAAGAGAAUGUACCAUCAUAUGAAAAAGAGCCUGGAUUUGAGCAGUUUAAAAUCUCAGAGAGGUUGCAUGGGAACUGGAUCAGACUGUACUUGGAGGAAAAUAACUCAGAAGUCCUUUUCAACCUGGGAACCAAGGUGCGCAGGCAGUACUUGGAUGCCCUGAAGACGCUAAGCCUGUCCCUGAGCAGACAAGUGGCUCAGUAUGAUGUCUACUCGAUGGUGGUGGGGACUGUCGUGGUUUUGGAGGUUCUCACCCUGCUCCUGCUCAGCAUCCCGCAGGCACUGAGCAGCAAGGCUGAACUGGAAGUUCCUCUCUUGUCACCUGUGUUUUCUCUGCUCUUUUAUUUGACGUUCCUGGUUCUUUCAGCCGUUCACGUCAUCGUGUGCACCUCAACCGAGAGUUCGUGCUAUCUCUGCAGCCUCUCGUGGCUGACAGCAGGCGGAGUGAUGGUGCUGGUUUCUGCACUGCUCUGCGCAGUUGUGUCUGCUCUCACCAAGGUGCUUGUCAGGGGAAAGCUUCUGAGUAAGAAUGCAGCUCAUUCCAACUCAAGGUGGUCAGAGUUAGAUCUCCUUAUCUUGUUAGGGACCCUGGGCCACGUCUUGAGUCUGGGAGCAAGCAGCUUCAUUGAAGAGGAGCACCAGACCUGGUACUUCCUUGUUAGCACCCUGUGUCUAGCUCUGUGUCACGACAUCUACAGAAACUACCUCCCGGGAGAUGACUGUGAGCCACAGCGCUGCCUCCACGUGGAGGGAGGAUUUGAUGGUGCCACACCAGCUUUGCAGGACAAGAACACCAGCAGUGCCGUACUGGAGCUCAACAGAGGAUGCAAGAGCCCCUCUUCCCUGGGCACACUCAGAGGCUAUGAGAAGUGGAUGGUGCUGGCAAGCCCAUGGGUCAUACUCACCUGCUGCCGACUGCUGCGAUCACUAAACCAAACAGGUGUGCAGUGGGCCCACCGGCCUGACCUGGGGCACUGGCUCACCAGCUCUGAUCAUAAGGCUGCACUCUCUGUUCUGGCUGCCCUCUCCCUCGCUGUCAUUUUUGCAUUGAUUCAGAGGAGGUGCUCCCCAGCAUCCAAAGUGGCCAUGGCGCUUGGCCUGCUGGGCGUCUAUUGCUACAGGGCGGCCAUUGGAAAUGUGCUGUUUCCCUGGCAGCAAGACAACAAAGACAUUUCAAAGGGUAUUCUUGAAGCCCGUUUUGUUUAUGUCUUUGUCCUCGGCAUUCUGUUCACGGGCACCAAAGACUUGCUUAAAUCUCAAGUCGUUGCUGCAGGCUUCACAGUCAAGACUGUCGGUCUGUGGGAGCUGUACAGUGGAUUUGUGCUCCUGGCAGCAUUGCUCCUUAGACCACACAACCUCCCUGUCUUAGUGCUGAGCCUCUUGAUUCAGACUCUGAUGGCGAAGUUCGUCUGGAAGCCCCUGAGGCAUGAUGUGGCCGAGGUCACUGUGAUGCAUUACUGGUUUGGCCAAGCAUUCUUCUAUUUUCAGGGAAACUCCAACAACAUCGCCACAGUGGACAUCUCGGCGGGCUUCGUGGGCCUGGACACCUACGUGGAGAUCCCAGCCAUAUUCCUGACAGCAUUUGCAACGUACGCGGGGCCUGUGCUGUGGGCCAGCCACUUGGUGAGCUUCCUGAGCUCAGAGGCCAGCAGCAGUUCAGCACUGAGUCAUGCCGGCUUCUGCUACGCGCUGAUCGGUUCUUUUCCAGUUUCUGCAUAUAUCAUUUUGGUGACAUCCCUGCGGUAUCAUUUAUUUAUAUGGAGUGUUUUUUCUCCAAAACUUCUCUAUGAGGGAAUGCAUCUGCUCAUCACGGCUGCUGUUUGCGUGUUCUUUACAGCCAUGGACCAGACCAACACCAAGUCUUAGACUGUGCUAUUAAGACCCUGGAAAAAUAACAUUUUUGAAGUCUACUAUUUACUUCAUAGAUUUACAUGCAAGAGCACUCUUAAAAAAAAAGAUGUGAAUUUUACAAGGUUAAUGAAUAGCUUUAAUUUCUUUGACUACUGUACUUGAAUUUAGAUUAAAUAGUAAAUGGUUUAAUACAAGUUCACUUUAAAAUACUUAGUUCGAAUAUGAAUUGUAUUACUCUGUUGACAAUCACUCCAGAAACUUCUGAACUUUUAAUUUCCUCGGGAUUAGUUAUGAUAUGAUCCAAAUGUGUGCAUUUAAGUGGAUGAAUAAAAAGGUCCAAAUCUGU